AGAAAAGGGCAAUCGUUUAUAAAUUUUUAUUAUCUCAUUCUUUAUUUUAUUCUGCACUUUCAAACGCAGAUCGUACAAAAAAUAAUCUAAUCUAAUCUGGGUCUGCUUUCUUUUGCAUUUGGUUCCUCUCUUCCUCCUCAAGACCCACACCCAUCUCCAUCCUUCAUCGUCUUCGUAUCCUCUAUCUAUAUCAAAUCCUUCAUCAAAGGAUUUGCUUGAAAUAGAAGAUGGGUGCGUUUAUGUCGAAGUUUUGGUUCAUGUUGUUUCCUGCAAAGGAGUACAAGAUUGUCGUGGUUGGGUUAGAUAAUGCAGGGAAGACUACCACGCUUUACAAGUUACACUUGGGAGAGGUUGUCACUACUCACCCAACUGUUGGUAGCAACGUUGAGGAGCUUGUUUAUAAGAACAUUCGAUUUGAGGUUUGGGAUCUUGGUGGACAAGAAAGACUCAGGACAUCAUGGGCAACAUAUUAUCGGGGGACUCAUGCUGUCAUUGCGGUGAUAGACAGUACAGAUAGAGCUAGAAUCUCCAUCAUGAAGGAUGAACUUUUCAGGUUGCUUGGACAUGAGGACCUACAAAAUUCUGUUAUACUUGUUUUUGCAAAUAAACAAGACCUCAAGGAUGCCAUGACCCCAGCUGAGAUCACCGAUGCACUCUCUCUUCACAGCAUAAAGAAUCAUGAUUGGCACAUCCAGUCCUGCUGUGCACUUACUGGUGAAGGUCUCUAUGAUGGCCUAGGGUGGAUUGCCCAGCGAGUUUCUGGCAAAGUACCAAGUUGAAGAGAAAAUGGAUUAAAGGGCAAAGAAAAGAAGGUUCAUUUUUCGGAUAUUGAUGGUUUUGAAAGAUUUUUAAAAAGUGUCAUUGUGUACUAUCAAACUGUGCUCAAUACUCAUUACCAUUGCUGUAGAUUGUUCCGUACAUUUGAAUUUCCCAUAAGAAUUCGUCAUGUAUUGCACAA